AUGGACGACAUUCAUACGACAGCAAAAUGGGCUAAUCGAAUGCUACGACCCUUGACCUCGCUCUACCAUCGUCUCGGCAAACAUAGCGAAUCGAUCAACGCGCAAGAAGAAGAGAUUAACAAAAUCGUGGCUGCAGCGACGAAUACCGAGUACACCAAGCGAGAUGCUUCAGGUGAUGCCGAAUAUGAUUCCGAAUAUGGCGACCGGGACCCCUCCUGGAUUCCUCAAAACCCCGAGCUGAAGCGCGUCAAACACAAGUAUGUGGCUAGGGGUGAGCGACUGCGACUUCAACCGCGAGCUCGAGUUCUAUCGGUGCUGCAGAGUCCUGAAGCAACCAAAACCUUGCCUGGCGCAAUUGAAAUCGCAACACCUUUGAUUACGGGAAAGUCAACGGACGUGUUCGGCACGAACAACAAAGGCCUAGGACCCGGUCAUCGUUACAAUUUCCCAAGUGGUUUCAACCCUUGGAGACCAGAUACGCCUGGUCGUGAUCCUAUUCGCCUUUUACAAAGAUACUGGCAGGUAUCUAAUAACAAGUCUUAUGUCUUUAAGGAAAUUGAGCUGCUGCUAUUGCGGAAUAUCAUGCCUCCGGAAUGGUUGGUUACCAUUACUCUGAAAGACUGUGUUAUAGCUGCAUGCACUUCGCAAUCAAAAUGGGACAACGAAUAUGCCGCUGCCAUCAGCCUUAUCAAAACGAUUCUCAUAACAGCGGGCGACGCUCACAGAGGUCGAAAGGAUGUAAAGAAAACCCCAAUCAAGAAGCGCACCCAGACAAAAAAGCAGACUCAAGAUACAUCGUAUUCACAGGCAGAUAGUUUAGAUGUGAAUCAAGGUCGAUGUCCCGUGCACCUUCAAGAUGCCACAAGCAACUUGGUCUCUAGCUUGAAUGCUGCACUGUGCUGUAUGUAUGGUGUACGUAUGGGACAGCCAGAUGGCCCAGACUAUAUUUCGGGCGAGAGGAUAGUGAAGACUUAUACCGACUUGGCCUUAACCAUUCAACGUUCCUUGCCACUUAGUGGGUUUGGGGUAGAAGACAAUGAAGCAAGUCGAGCCUCUUUACUUCGAAAAGGUUACACGCUUCUUGCCCAUUUUGUAUUGAGGUCUCAGCAAGACCUACUAUUACUGGAUGAUACAGAUGUGAAAAUUCUAGAUGUCGUCCUGAGUCAGAAUUGCGAGCCCUUUUUCGGGCUUCUGGAACAGAAUGUGGAUAUCAUUAAGAACCUUUCAGUCAUGGUUUGUCAGAUUAUUCGACUUUCUGAACGUGGCGAUGAACUAGCGCAGUGUCAACAAGCACGAAGACUUUGCAAACAUUUGCUAAAAUAUGAGCGAUCCGGGCUAGAGAAACUGACGCUAUUUCUCGGUAAGAUUGCAAUUGAAGUGGCUUUGGACUUUGCGCAAUAUAGCCAGGAUGCCGAAGAUCAUACUUUUGCGGCCGACAUUCAGGAGGCAGUUGCAACCAUUCGAAGACGCAUCAAAAGCCACAGCAAUUGCGCUCCAACGCCAGGGAAAUCCAGCAUGCAGUCCUUCAGAUGGGAGGAAGGUAUCGGCGAGUGGAUUGCAAAGACUCCCUUGGAUAGGACGAAGGCUACGAUGCCUCGCGUCUUGUCCCAGCCAAUAGUAGAAAUAGCUAGUACCGGUCCAUCUUCUAGUGCCAGUGCAACCUCACCGUCAUUAUCGAUUGAUUCGGAGUCUAGCAAUACUUCGAUAGCAUUGUCUAGUUCAACCAAUCUCAAGAGGAGGAGAACAUCAAUUGUCAGCCUACAACCGAAUGUCAAGCGACCCCGACGAAUCUACAAGAAAAAAGUCUUCAAGAAGAUCAGGCAAUCUACACGGAUAGCGACAAGGCUCAGCGAUAUUUCGGUAGUGGCUCAGGGCAAGGACUACAAAGACUCCAGCAGCCAUAGCGAUUACGAGAGUGAUUACGAACAAGACGCUGAAGAUGCCGAAGCUGCAUCCGAAAGUGAAGAAUGGCUGCCACCAACCGAAACAGGAGACACGCCCGAUGCUGCGCAGGGCACCAGAACCGUCAGAGAGUUACAGGGCAGUGUUGCAGAGGCACAGACGCAAAGGAUGCGGGCGGGUUUUGACGUGAUCAUCCAUAAUGCUGCUGCGGCGCCCGUUGCGCCGAUAAAACGUGGACGUGGACGGCCUCGUAAGCAGGUGGCAAGGCCCGCGUCGUGCUCUGCAUCGCAGACAAAUGGCCCUCAAGCGCAUGCACACGUGUCACGCCGUUCCGUCAUUCCUUGUUCUGAAGAUGAAGACAGUGACGACGAGUUGAGUUUCCUGUGA